AUGGGAACAACUGAAAUUAAAUGGCGAAUUGCACGUUCUGGAAGAAGUCGUCAAGCAAGGCAACAGAAUGGCGCACUUUUAUCGCAACACUUUAGUAUCUUUUAUGGUGUUAUUCUUGCUGCUACCUCUAAUUUCCCCCAUUCUCGAUAUUGUCCAUCCAAUAAACGGAACUCGAACACGACAACAACUACUAAGAUGUUCACCAUAAUAAGUGCUGAUUGGUUAUACAUGCUACUAAUUCAUCACAGCAGUGGACUAUUUGCAGUCUGUGGACAUCGAGUUCAAAAAGCAACUGUGAAUCCAAACAACUUUACUGGUGAAUCAGUUUCUGAGAAUUACACGUAUGACAAAAUCCGGAAUUGCGCGAUAAUACACAAUGAAGCCAUACGCUUUUCAAAUAUAUUGAAAGAAAGCAGUCGAGGCAGUUACUUAAUUCAGGUUGGAUUGAAUAUGUUGGGGAUAAGCGCGACAGCUGUUCAAACAGUGAUAAACUUAGACAGACCGGAAGAAGCAAUACGAAGUGCAGUAUUUUGUGGGGCUUGCCAAUUUCAUUUGCUUUUACUUAGUUUACCUGGCCAGGUGCUUCUGGAUCAUUGUUCUGAUUUAGCAGAUAAUAUUUACAGCUCCAAAUGGUACAAGGCUCCCGUACAGAUUCAAAAAGUACUACACGUAAUGCAAAUAAGAUGCAGAAGGUUUUGUUCAUUGACGGCAGGUGGAUUGUAUGAAAUGAAUAUAGAAAACUUCGGAAUAACCUUCAAAACGUGCAUGUCCUAUAUUACAAUGAUGAUGUCAGUGAAAAAUUAAAUCAGCGCUAUCUGUCGAAUAAAUCGUUCAUACAUCCACUGUGUGUUAUAUAAAGUUUUACCAACUAUAGAAAUAAUAUGAUAGAUAAUUUACAUGUAAUACUGGAUAUACUGGACUACUCAGACGAAUAGAAAUAUAAAACUACACACUUCAGACAACGUGUUAGUAUUUCAAUACAGAAUUCGUACCUAAAUAAUACAUUUGCUACCAUUUCACUGAAUUCUUUCGACACCACUUCAAGAAUAAUUAUACAGAUUUAGGCAGAUAAAAUUGGUAGAAGUAUAAAGAUAACAGUGCUGUUGUUAGAAUAUUCACCUUUUGCAAACAGUG